AAACUGCCUGCAGAAUUUUGGCCUGACACUACACGCGUCCGAUUCCUGCCCGAGCAAUCUAUUCUACACUGAGUGCCCGUACCAUGAGGGAAGGACUGUAAAGACUCUCUGCUACUACCUAGCCCCAGGUUUGAUCUCCGUGUCUGAAGCAGCCAGCAAAACCCGUCCUGGGGCAGCAGUCGUUGGUUUUCCAGGUAGAUUUGUCGCUGUGGCUGCGCUCCAUCUUCUCUUCAAGGUCAAUCACACCCAACUCCCAAAGCGCGUCCCAGGUGUGAAGCAAGUCAGCACUCUCGCAAAGAAUGAUGUCUGUCGACGCGGCCAUGACUAACAGCGCAGCUCUGACUUCUCGACCCAACGUCGACCCUACGAUCUUCAGCUCCCUUCAAGCGAAAAUAGACAAAGAUACCGCGAUUCGCGAUUCGCUCAAAAACAUUGUCGAAACCCUCUCGAAGCAAGGUAGAGUGACGCAGUCAAUCCUCUCUCGCAUCCACAACACGCCUUCUGCAAACCUGGAAGAAUCCGUCCUCGCACCAUGCUCCGAGUCUCUGAAAGAACAGGUGGUCACGGUGAAAGAUCUGGCGCAGGCUGCUUCAAAAUAUCCCUUCUACAAAUGGAACUCAAUCUGGCAGCGGGAGAUUCAGAAUGUGGUCAGCAACAUACAAAUGUGUGAGUGGCUCAAGAGCGGAAAUCUGGUGACUCUGGAAGAAGUCGGACAGAUACUCGAAGUCCCGGUAAACGUGAAAGACGAAGAUACCUUCCAUAUUACGAUCGAAGACUACCUGCUCGCCCUGACCUACAUGAUCGAGGAGCUUGCCCGUCUUGCACCCAAUGCGGUGACUCUCGCCGACUACGCUCGCCCGUUACAGAUUUCUAAAUUUACCAAAGAUGUCCACGCAGGGUUUCAGCUACUAAAUCUCAAGAAUGACACACUCCGGCGGAGAGUCGAUGGGCUCAAAUACAGUGUUAAGAAGGUGGAAGAUGUGGUAUAUGAUUUGAGUCUCAGAGGCUUGAUCCCGAAACACUGAGUGCACCACAUUACGAUAGAAUGAAGGAAGCGAACCGCUGCACGCGUACACUCUCAUGGUGACAAGACGACGCCCGGGAGCAUGAGGCUUGUCUUUGCCUCGUUCUGGCUACCCUCUGGCACAGAUAUCAGCGAGGGCAACGUGUUCACAGUCACAAUGUGCGUGGAGUGCUGGAUUUGAUGCAAGGGCGAUCGAAGUUGGAUGAUUACGCCCAUGGAUGGGCCGAACACAUCUUCAUGGGAACAAAGGUGAUUCAACUGAACAGAAGUACAGCUAAACGUGGAGCUCUUUGAGCCAUGUACAAUGUUGAGAUCUUUCGAGCUACGCGCUUCAAGAUACAGACUCCGCUGAGAGAAGUUCCCUUCCUCUGUAUGAUUCCCAAU